AUGAACAAAAAACUCUCGAUUGGUAUUAUUGGCUGUGGUCCAAGUGGUUUAUCGGCAUUGAAAGAGUUGAUAGCUGAAGGCCAUCAAGCUACGGUAUUUGAAAAAUCUCCUUAUGUGGGUGGAAUAUUCAAAACGGUUUAUCAACAAGGUUUUAUGGUUUCAUCGAAUGUGAUAACAAUGUUUGGUGAUUAUGUUGGUAAAGAGGGUGAUGAGAUUUUGAAGAAACCUCGCAUGUGGAGUUUCGUUGAGUAUUCAAAAUAUCUGGAUGACUAUGCUGAACAUUUCUCGUUGAAACCAUAUAUUCAUUUUGAAACGCUGGUUGAAUCAGUUUGGAAAGAUGCGAAAUCGGGUAAAUGGAACUUUCGGGUGAGCAAGAUGGACGAGAAUGGUCAGCAACAGAAACAAGUGUUUACAUUUGAUCAGGUAGCUGUGUGUUCGGGCACACAUCAGUUGAGAUCCAUGCCUCGUUUCACUGGAGAAGCUCAGUAUCAAGGUAAAAUCAAACAUAUGCAAGAUGUCGAACGCUUCGAAGACUUUGCAGGAAAACGAGUGUGUAUUGUUGGGAGUGGUGAAGCAGCUAGUGAUAUGGCACUGGCGUCAGCCAAAUUCGGCGAGAAAUCGUUUUUAUCAAUACGAAAAGAUCACGGUUGGAUAGUGCCAAGAUAUCUCUACGGUCCAAAUGGUCCGGCUGAUCUGGACACGUCGCGCGUUCGCUACUCGAUACCUUAUCAACAGGGUAAAUUACAAUCUUAUUUACUCAUCUUUUACGGCCUACUCGUCUCCUACAUCAAGCAACUGAUGUCGAUGGGCAAAAAGCCAUUAGAGAACGAGAUAAGUCGAAAACGUUUACUUAUGAACUUAGAACAAAUAAAUACGAGUCAUUUUCGAAAUACUUAUGGCACAAAGAACGGCGGCCUUGUUGAAGCCUUACUCAAAUACAAAUGCCAGCGCAAACCGGCCAUCAAAGAGCUGAAAUCAACAUCGAUCGUGUUCGAGGACGGUACCGAGGAACAAGUCGACGAAAUUAUCUGUUGUACAGGCUUCGCUAAUAAAUUUGCAUUUUUCGAAACAGACGAAAAUCGUGACGAUGAUAUAAUAAAGAAAGUAGCGUCUGAUGCUCGCGUUUCACAUAAUCUCUAUAAACAUUGUGUUCAUCCAUUGACGGGCCUCGAGCUUUUCUUCAUCGGUUUCGUGCGUCCAUGUUUUGGUGCUAUUCCACCACUGGCUGAAAUGCAAGCCCGCUGGUAUGCCCUGUUGUGCUCAGGUACUCUAAGUCUACCUGAUCGACAAACUAUGAUUCAACACAGUCAAACCUAUGUCAAAUACAUCGAAGAUCAACUGACACCUUAUCGAACAAAUCGAAUUGUUAGUUUGACCGAUUUCGUAUCGUACUCAGAUGAUAUCGCUCGUCUCAUACAUUGUCGACCAAAUUUUGUCAAGAUGUUUUUUUGCGAACCGAAAUUGUGGCUAAAAUGCCAGUUGGGACCAAUGAUGAAUACGCAUUAUCGUCUUUGUGGUCCACAUGCGCAACAGAAAGAAGCACGACACAUUAUUCACACUGUAAAGUGGAUACCAAAUGCGUUUAAUUUCUCACAGAUGUUAAUGCUUUAUACCUGCUCUCUUCUUUGGUUUAUCGGUGUAAAAUCAUGUAAACCGAAUACAUGGUAUCCAAUACACGAAUGGUCAUAA